GGGACCGUUCGUUUGCCAGGAACUGCCUGGCGGCUGGUGGAGGAGCGGUGCGCGCCAAAGGUGCCAGUCCUGCAGACGCGAUCAUGUGUCGUCAGAACGCGCCUUGGCACUGGGGCCCAAAGUGACAGCACAAGAACCAACACGCUCAGCCCAUAGGCUAGCGGAUUUCGUCCGAACUGGUGCGCAGCACACGGACGGGACACCCUGUACUGUGUCUGAGAGUGGAGAGAGAGAAUAGGUUUGUCAACAGGACGUGAGUGUUACGACACAGAGUUUGUGGUUCAGAAUGAUGCAUUCGUGAAUACAGGAGCCAGAACAAAAUCAAAAUGUCGUCCACAUCGCCCGGGCUCAACACGACCUCGACGACCUCUGACAUCUCGAGAGCCCCGCGCAUGGUGUUCCUCACUCUCUUCAUGAUCAUGUCGUCGGUGGGCAGUCUCCUCCUCAUCAUCGUCAUCGUCCACAGUAGAAAACAUCGAACUAUUCAGAAUCUCUUGAUAGCCAACGUGUGUGUCGUGUGCUUCAUUGACACCUUUCUCAACAUGUCUCUGGUUAUGGGGUCUCUAAUCGUUGAUCAUUGGGCUUUUGGGGACUUUAUGUGUAAAGUUAAUUGCUUUUUCCUGAAUUUGGUCAACAUCGAAACCGUUCUUCUACUCAUGAGCUUGAGCGUGGAUAGAUAUUUUUCUCUGCGCCACUCCCUCAAGUACGAAGCGUGGUUGUUUUCGUACAGGAUAUACCUCAUCAUUGCCUACCUCUGGCUCCACGCUGCAGCCUUCAGCAUUCCUUUCCUCACAGACGCCGUAUCUUCUCAGUUCCGCCCUCAGCUUCAUCUGUGCUCCGUGACCGGCGACACCUCCGUGGUUUUCGUCUACCUCACUCUCAUCAUCUGCUUCCUUGCCCCUCUUGUUUCCAUCGUCGUCUUUCAGAUCCUUAUAGUGAGGGUCACGUGCGAGCUCAGGAACUCCAAGAGAACGCAAGAUCCUCAUAAAAACUACACUCAAAUGCUCAACGAGACACCGCUCUCAGACUCUGUGGUAUCUCACCCAUCCUGUUACACACGGAUUCUGUUUGUUCUCUGGCUAAUACUCAAUGUGCCUUUUGUGAUCACGUCCUCUAUCAAACAUUAUGAGCAGAGUCAAGGAGUUGAGGAAAGUCAGUUCCUAGACUAUCCAUGGGAGGUUGAUGCCGUGUUCAUAUGGAUGAAGUUUUUCUUCUCAGCAAUAUUCCCUUUUGUGACGUUCUUUUGUAAGAAAGAUUUGUGGCAAAGCACUAAAGAAUGUGUGCUUUGUCGGAGAAAUAAUUCCAUCAUUGACAUAGAGGUCGUAGGCCUAGGCAGUGAUACAAAUGUCAGCAAAGAUAAACCUCCAAACAUUGAGGUCGAGUUCUCCACCCCGAAAAACAAAGAGAAAGAACGAGAGAAAGCGGAGGUCUCCCAUAUUCUUGCGUUUAGUGUUCCGGUCCUUUUUGCAACCUCCACUGGAAUAUGUAUUGAAGAUAAGUCUUCAGAGCACGUCACAGACACGUCAUCGCUUUCCCAAAAUGAGCUAGCAAUCACAGCAGCAAUAAAGGGCAAGAAACUCGACAUUUCUUAUUCCGACCCUGAAUGGCCGGAGGAGCUUAUUGGGGAUACGAGUGACUAUGAUUCCAGUUGUGAAAUAGACCAGUACUCGUCCUCCCAACCGGUGUCCACUAGAAAUGUCCAUGGAACGCUGCACAGAACCAGAUCGCUGUCCGAUCCGGAAAUAGCAGCCCACCCAUCGCCCAAUAAAGCUAAAGUGGUGAAAAGAUUUUCUGGGACGUCUGGUGCAGAUUCAGGCUUAGAUCUCAGUGGUACGUCAGGCACCAAUACAGGAAAGCUUAUCUCUGCCACUGUUGCCCCGCAGGGUUCUCAACCUAGCCCAUGUGACCAAGAGUCUGCCGUACCUUCUUUGGUGAAAAUAAACAGUCCAAACGCUUCCUCGCUACUCAAAGAGGACGUAAAAUCCAGUAAAACAAAAAACAAUGACAAUUUAGCAAGCAAAACAGAGAAUGUCGAUAGCAAUCCCCCAAGUAAAAAGCUGACGUCGAACAAAAAUGGCAAAGACAUUCGUACAGUGGUCUCUUCACACUCGGAAGAAAUCAAAAUAAAACAGAUUGUUUCCAGUGAAGAAAUGGCACAAAAAGGAGCAAUUUCAAAAGAAACAACUAUCAAACGUGAUUGUUCGGCAGAAACUGUCCAGUCUUCGGGAAAAUCCCAGAACCGUUUGCCUACUCGUUUGAAACCUAUCGAGGGAAAAGAAAGUCCAAGCCCGAAGGUUAGACGGAAGAAACAUAAAAUAAAACGCGUAGGGCGUUCUUCCAAUACCGUGGUCACUCCAGGCGUGGCGAAGAUCUGUGGACAUAAAGAUGACGCAAGUUCCAGUGAACAUACAGCCCAGUCCCGUACUUCUUCAGCUUCAAGGACGACAAAAGAUGUCUCGAAUAGAACAAACUCGGAUGGUUGACCAUUGCGGUAUCCUGUCAAGGCAUUGCAUGUAUCAGGUCUCAGAUACACGGGCUGACCAUCACAAAGAAUGUUAUUCACGCAUGCUGGUAGUCAGUUAGUUAUAGAGGGACGGCAUGGCGGUUGCGGCGUGUCUGUGUGGAACCCAAGGACCCUAGAAAAUUUAAGCUUCUUGCUGGAAGCUUGAACGAGACGGCAAGCUGUUGGCCACGGCCAUUUACAGACUUUUAUAUUGCUUUGACUGCUUCAUAAUGUACUGAUCAUUCGCACCAGUGACUGCCGAUUCUUGAACUGGAACUGAAGACUGAAGAGUGCUUUUUUAAAAAAAUAUGCUUUAAAAUGGGAUGAGUACGGAAAACAGAAACUAUCGAACGAUUUUUUGUUUUGCCCAACGGAACAUCUACAAUUUCUGUAGCUAUUCUGGGUGCUAACAGUGCAGCGGCAUUAGGAGUUGGUCUUCGUGCGUUAUUAAUGGGCGCACUCACUCGAAGUACGUUAGUAGUAGUGCUGGGCGGCAAGGUUCCCAAUUAUUGGAAGCUAGGAAUCGAUGGAAUCGACUCCGAACCCAAUUACUUACUUUCUAGUGAUGUAAUUUCUUCCGGUGGUUACCUGAUUGGCUCCGAACAUUUUCAGGAUCUAGGAUCACCUUGAUUUCGGAACACUACGAAGCAU